AUCACUCACAGUAGAAAAUGGCGAGUCCGUGCACGAAGCGGUUGUGCACGAAUGAAAGGUUUGUUUCUCGCCAGGACGCGGAUUGCUGGAGGUCUGAAUUCAUUCACUGUGUGGGUCUGGACAGUAUCUCGGCCGUGUUGUGGAGGACCUCGGUGGUGGAGGACCUCGGGCGUCUGACAGAUUGUAAGCCUGCAAGUGUGUCAAAUUGGUCAUUUGAUGAAAGUUGUCUUUACUGCUGCUUAAGACGAGAAAAAGUGAAGGAACAUGUAGUUGCACUCAACAAACAGAUUGUGGAAAGUGGAGGGAAACCUUUAUUAGGUAAAGAUCCUUCUAAUAUCAACAGACUCGAGUGGCAAUCAGAGGAGUUCCUGAAUGCAGUGCUGCAGAGGAAAAAAUACACCCCAAGGAUUCCUGAUCCACACAUCCCUGUGGUGGCCUGUGGGAUCGUUCAGCAGAUGAUUAAUGAGUUGGCUACGUAUUAUACCUCAAGAAAAAAGUGUUCUCAGGACUCACUUCAAAACAAUGGAGAAAAGGACCUUAUGAAAACUAGCUGUGUCAUUUCCCCCACUGCUGUCAAUAUAACUUCUGCUCUGAACAAGUUCAUCAUGGUGGACCAAGAUGCCCCGCUGGACCUCUCUGUGAAAAAGGUCAAAGUAGAGGACAUAGAGCAAGAUGGAGUUCUUGACCUCUCGACUAGAAAGAGUUCCAACAAAAGCCAUACUUCUUUAAGGAAUUCUAAUAGCCUGGCUACACAUUUGGUCAAAAGGGACUCUGUCGACCCGAGUCUCGCCCGAGAAGGAGAUCUACAGUCGGUGUCCACUUUGGAACAGUUCAUGUCUAAGCUGUGUUUGCAUCACCAGCGCCAGAUAGUCGAUGCAUUAGGCUUCUUGCAAAGUGAAGUCAAGACUGUGGCUUCUUCCAACCCUUUCCAAGCACCCACUCCAAAUUUGACCGAGAAGAAAGCGACAACCAGCUGCAGUCGUGCUUCCUUUGAAACAAGGUCUGAAAGAACAUGCACUGUGGAUGCUGCGGUGAGCAUUACCAACUCUCAAGAGGCAUCUGUUGUUUGGACUGGAGAGGUUUUAAAUGCAGGUGUUGCACGUGUAAUGACUGAAAAACCGGUAGACCUUUGCAAGAUAGAAGUUUUGUCGUCUUCAUCUUGUGGAACAGAUGUCGAGUGUGGAAAAGAAAGUUCUCCAAACAAAAUUUUCGUCAUGACAAAGACGACUACUGAUCAUCAGGAAGCAAAAAAAUUAUUAGGGUCAAGCGUUCAGCAAAUUCAACAUAGCGAUUCGGUAUGCAGUGCUGAGCGAUGCUUGCCGACAUGCACUGCAGAGUCUGAUCAUCCGUUAUCACAAUGCACACAGAAAAGCUCAUUUGCACAAAGCAAAGAUGCGGUUGUAAAGCCCUCCACAAUUCACAAGACAUCAAAUGUAGUUUUACCAAUAUCUCUAAGAACAGCGAGGAAAAGCAGAAAAGGUUCUUGCCUUGGGCAAAGUAAUGGCUCUUUAAGUUGUAUCAUAAAUGAUACCGAUAGCCAUUGUGACUUGGUGUAUAUUAGAAAAUCAAUAACAGAAUGUCAGCUUCAAUCUCGUAACCGACUGCAUCCACGACAUAAUGCUCGGAAGAGCAUAAGAGGGCACAAGUACGUCGAGGAGUACUUGGAACUAAAAACUGUCCGUACGCUAGCUCGUAAAUCUGCUGGUAAUUCCAGUGGGAAUUGUCCAGCUCGUAUGCCAGAUGUGCACACCUCAGUGGCUCCAAAGCAGGCCCUUUCAAUGUCUGGCAGUGUUCCUCUCAUAAAUGCACCUUUUGCAGGGGACUGCAUGGAAAAUGUUAUUCAUAAAUUCGCAUCGGAGCAGAUAGCGGAGAAUGAAAUGCCAGGAGUUAAAGUAGCUGGUCUCGGUCUGGUGGUUGAAACCAGUCAGACUGGAAAAGUUGAAAGUAAUGGGCAAAUUUCCCAUGAACCAACUUGUAAACCGAGUGAAUUGACCAUGCAACCAGAUUUGAUCACUGAAGCUCUCAUUAAUCCUAAUUCAGAAGUGCAAGGAGACAUGUGCAUGGUAGAAAUCAAAGAAACCAACAGAACUCGUUGUACAGAAAGAAGAUGUGAGUCCCAAAUUGAACCCAUGCUGGAAGAGGUGGAAUGUGGUACAGAAAGUGAGGAUAAAGCUUUGGAGCCAUCACUGAUCCCUGCAUCCCCUAACAUGGCCGUAGAGUCAUCUGAUGGAGUCGACGUGGAACCGAGAAAUGAGAGCGAAAUGACAAAUCCAACUGAGGUCGAGACUGCAGCAGAUGUUCACAAACAAUCUGAGACCUCAGAAAUAAAGGCAAACACUGAGGAGGAUAAAAGUUCUCAAGAGCAAGUUUCGCAUGACACUGAAAGUAAUCUCCAAACGACGAACUCUUCCAAACUACCAGUGAAGGAUCAAGGGGAUUCAGUGGUGUCCAGCCUGACUGAAGUCUCUACUGGACAACCACUUUUAAAAUGCAAGGAGAAGGAUACGGAGCAACAUAGUCCAAAGGUUGUGAAUGCAAAACCUACAGUGUCCUCAGACAGAUGCUUGCGUAGUAGAGUUUCAAAGGGCAGCGUUGACUUAGUGAAAGACUCUGUAAAGUGUGCUGCAUCUGAACGUGAGCGUGCCAAUGACACAAAGACUCAAUCUACUGAAACAAAAGCACGUAUUGAGGAAGAGUGUGAUUUGAAAGCUCUAGAGAUUCUUGAAACUGCACAGGAGCUCCCAGCCACCAAACCUUGUAGCAGUCUGGUUGUGGAUCGUGCAGUCAAAACAAGACCAAAAUUAAGAAAUGCAAAAGAAAGAGAUGAACAAACGAGUCCAAGCAUCAAAAUGAAUGAGGAGUUGCCAAGUGUGUUGCCACCUGAGGUUCUUCCAGAAACUGUUAGCACCCCCUCCACCUCCACACAGAAUGGGAAACACCACAAACGGAAUAAUCAAGCCUCUGAAAGCUCUGAAAAGAUGGCAAUUAAAACUGAAAGUAGUCCUAUUAAACUGUCCGAUAGUGGAGAUUGGACGCCCAUUAAAAAGUCCCCACCAAGCUCUGAAAAUAUGCUUUUGAGAAGCAGAAGUAACACUGAACGGACUUUUGGUUGCAAAUCCGGUAAUCCAACAGAAGGCCUUUCAGAAAAGCAAGGGCAGAUGCCUUUAAGGAGCAGCAGCUCUGCUAGUGAGCAGGCAACGAAUAAAGAUUCGUGUACGUCUUCCGAGGGGGUUACGCGCAUGCCCCUACGAAGCAGGACUAUCAGCACAACUAAACAGACUGUUACUAAAGAUACUCCUCUUAAAAGUUCCAUCAAAAGUUGCGCCAGUGAACAUCCUAUCAGUUCACAAUCCAGUACAACCUGUAGAAAAACAGAGGCCAAUGCGCACAUGCCCUUAAGAAGUAGUGCCAGUUUAAUUGCAGAACCCCCCCAUGACAAAUCCGCUAUCGUAGAUGCAUUAGAGAGCCCAGGGCGCAUGUCGUUGAGAAGAGGGAAUGCAUCCAAUACUGAAAAGUCGGUUGGCUCGACAACACCCCCCAGUAAAAGUAAGCGUCCUUUGAGACCUCAACGGGUUUCAGCAUCCUCAAGUGGGGAAGCUGAAGAGAGCCCAUUGAGCUCAAAACCUAAAACCCAAACCCGGAAGCAUAUGGAGCCCCAAAUAAGAGGCCCUUUGAAUAUCCCAGGUGAGUCCUUAUGCAUAACUGGCUUUCAGAGAACUGAACCAGUUGUUUGUAGUGCCUCCAAAUUCUUUGAGGCGCUAAGGGGAGAAGAACACCAGCAGAUAAUUUCAAAUUUAAAUACAACGUUUGAGAAAAUGCACAAAGGUUGGGUACAAAUGGACAAGGAGGGUCAGCCUGCAUCUAAACCCAAAAACAAGGCAGAUAGACUCAAGGAAAUCUGGAAAAGCAAACGCAGGGCACGAAAGUCAAGACCAUUGGAACCACAGAAGUUUUCCCCUGUGCAAAUGCUUUUCAUGAAGCCUUUUGACUUGCCCAGUAUCUGCAGGUGGUUCCUACAAUCAACCGAAACAAAAUCCCUUGUAAUUGUUAAGAAGGUGAACACCAGACUUCCGUCAGAAACACAAUUGUGCUUUCACUCUUCAUCAGCAGGAGCAGGGUCAUCUCAAGGCAUAUUUCCGAGCCUCCAGGCGGAACGGUUAAAGAAGCAUCUGAAGAAGUUUGCUAUGGCAUCACCGGUGAAGAGUAACCCCAAGAAUCAAAGGCUAAUCUCAAAAGCGUUAGGUCAGGGUAUCUCCGUAAUGAAGAGUAAAGAGAAGCACGAACCGACAACUGCCACGCGGAUCUCUACAAAGGCACAGAGUCUUAAUGGAGUGGCACUGGCUCCGGAGAGCCUCGGUGCGAUCGCAGGCGUUGCGAAGAACCCAGCAAGUGCUCGCAUCCUUAGGAAAUACUCUAACAUGCGUGAGAAACUUCAGGUUCAGCAAAACAAGAAAUGCAAAGAGAAAGGGGCUCGUUUGAAGGCGGCAUUAAUUCCAAAGAAAGUCGACAAACCGAAAUUACAGACGCCUAAAGGACCAAAGUCUGUGGUUGUCCAAAGGAUCAAAUCGUUCACCAAGAAGCCGAAAGCAAACUCUGCCCUCAAAGAACAGGCUUUGAAAAAGAACCAAUGUGUCAAACACGGUGCCUCUCCAAAGAGGUUGCAGGCUCUCAAAAAAAUGACGAAAGCCAUUGGUGAGAAUGCUUCGGGUAAACAACGGAUACUGCUCAAAUCCGGGACUAAGGCACAGCAAAUUAAAACAAGUGGGACUAAAGCUGACAUAAAGAAAUCGGUGCUCCAAAAAGGCUCUAAUAGUUCUGAACCACAUUCGUUAGAUGUGGACAUUAAGCCUCUGGCAUUGGAAGACCAAGUGUUAACUAGGUCUCAAAGAAAGAUGGAGGUCUCCUCUGCACAGACGGGCUCUCCUAAAGCCUCCACGAAGCGAGGCUUGGAACCACUGGUCACUCCAACUAAACGCACACGGACCUCGAAACCCUGAGGAGUGUGUGCCGGCCUAGUGAGCUCGUGUUGUUUCUCAAGAACAAGGGGUGCUGAUGCCUUUCAAAAUGCUCCUUUUUUGGAAGGACAUUUAUUUUUUUAAAUAUUUUUGAUGCUUGGCAGUACAUUUUCAGAGUUUUGAAUAUAUUGAGAGAGAUUUGUCUUGAAAAGAAGGAACUUUGACCGCUCUACCUAACAGUGUCAAACCUUUCCAAAUAUGCUUUAAGAAAUAUACUUGUUUUAGAAAAUGUUUAUCUUUUUUUCCCUUGACGGAGCCAUUAAUGUAAAAACAAGUCAAUAAAGGUUCCGAUUCCCUUUACUGGGGCAUUUUAAAUAUGGGUUAUGAAAAACUCUUUUGACCGUUUGUUUGUUUGUUUGACCGUUACAUUGUAUAGCUUAUUACAACAACUUGUAAUAUUGAACCAGAUAUUAUUUAAGGAGUGAUCCGCAGUUCUAAACCCAUUAAUAAUUGUAGUGAAUUAAAGUGGCUUUGUAACCUGAAUAAUGUGCCUUUUUUUCUUAUCUGUAUUUAUAAAUAAUUGAGUUUGCCUCAUGAAAUAAAGCCUCACUCUUUUUGCACAUAGAUAUAAGAAAUUUGUCCAAAAAUUAUUUUUGUUUCUUGUAUUCAUAAUUAGUAAUUUCUCUUUUAGAGCACUGAAGUUUAAAUGUUUUAUUUUCAUAGUCUUACCUCCUCAUUUUGUCCGUUUAGUGAGAUGAUUUAUACUUAGAAACUUGUGUGCAUCACUGUUGUUCUCAUGUAGAUUUUCUAUAGAUGAGGGUAAUUUUUGCAUUAUGGUCUCGAAUGUACUAAAACCGCUGUAUUUAUGAUGCUAAAAAGGAAACUAUGCAAGAUUACAGGUUUUCUAAAAUAUCUGCUUUAAUCCAGUUUGUUACUUGGCAUUUAGUUUUAUUUCAGCUCACUCUGUUUUGUAAUUGCAUUGUUUUAUUUGAUUUUUUUAACAUUGCUAAAAAGUAAAUGUAAAAUGUAGCUUACAUAUACCAGGCUGGAAGACCCCGUUUAUAUGGUUUUGGUGUGUGUCAUGAGGAAAAAAAAAGAUAAAAAUGUAAAUGAACUUGGUUUAUGAGAUGUGUGUAUUCUGUCAUUUGUCACUUUAUCAUGCAUUUUGUUGGGAUAUUUAUUUUUUUUGUCGCCCAAAGUAAAUAAGUGAUGAGGAAAGUAAA